GCUGCAGCAAUACUAGACCAAGAAUUCUCUCAGGGUCUGACAGAAGACCCAGGGCUGUAAGGAUGGAGGCAACAAUCCUGAGACCAGGACAGGAAAUGAGAGAGAGAGAAGAGAAGAGAAGAGAAGAGAAAAAAGGUUGCACUGUGGUGCUAAGGGAGCAACACAAAGCUGGCAGCACCUUCUCACGGUCUGGAAAGAGACCCCAGGACAGUGAGUCACCCCUUUAUAAACUGUGAAAACCUGUUUGAGCUAAACAAAACUCCCUGAACCUGCUAUAAGGCUCUCUGAAGGAUCAUUUUUACUCUACGUUGCAGACCUACAGAUGCCACCAAGCUGGGUAGAAAAUCCAAGUAUGUCUUUGAGGGUGGAAUUUCACUUUUGGCAAAAUAGCAUGAUUUCUAAGUUGAAGAAAUGGUGCUGACUUAGACCUUGAUGGACUUUGAAUCUGGCCUUCUCUCAGUCUCUCCAUCUACUUUGGACUUUGCAUCAGUAGCUCAGUUAAUAGAAGAUAUUGAUUCAAGUCCCAGUUCAGCAAACUGGGACAUGAAUUUAACUCCUGCUGACAUCAGUGGGAAUAAAAUAAGUUUAAGUGUUCUGCUGAAUCAGGACCUUACAUUAUACAUUAACAUAAAAUACAGAGAGCACCCACUCAAAACAAAUCUCAUUGCAUGAGACUUGUAGAAGUUUACCUUGUAGCUUGAAUGCAGAAUUGGGUUUUAAGUAAAUUAACUUUGCAAUAGAAUAACUUGCCAUACUGGUAUCUCACAAGAGGCAAAGGCACAAGAACCCAAGGCUCCAUUACUUCAAGUUUUGCACUUAAAAGGGGAAAAGCCUCCUACUCAAAUUCUGGUUUUGUCAAGAAUGGGGGUAUACACGUACUUGCUAGUCUGCUUGCUUAUGCAUUCUGCUGGGGAGUGGGGAUAUCUUUUGAGACUGAAAAUAUUAGAAUCAAUGGAUGAUUUGUCACCAGCUUUCAAGGUAGAACUAAGAGUGUUUUCUUCAUGCUGUAAGAUAUUGACAAGACUUCCUAUAAUUUAAUCUGCACUUCCGCUAUUGGGAGCUCCAGCUGACUGUCCUCCAAGUUAUGGGGAAUUCUAGACAGAGAGAGGGGUCAGCUGAUCUAUAAUCAUCACUUGUUCUGUUGUACAUGAUUAAUCAUCCUCUGCUUCCACCUGUCUUAUUACAAGCAUCUAAGAUGCACAGUAUCAUUAUUUACAACGUUACAUGCCAGUGAUUGGUGGUUUUUUGCGUUAUUUUUUUUCUAUGCAUUUAAUUACUACUGUUCUAUUUGUGCCUACUUGCAUUCUCUCCUCUGUGUAGUAUUCUACUAUUAUUAUACUAGUAUUCUCUCCUCUCUCUCCUCCUGUUUUCUGCAUGCAGGAAUCCCCCGUGGCUGUGUUCCUAUUUAUGAAUUAUACUCUGCAUUGUUUAUGUGCCUUCUAUUUCUUAAAAUUAGUGUUGCUCAAUCCCCUGGCCCACAGGCUACAUCUGGCUCCCAGAGCCAUGUCAUCUUGCCUGCAGGUCUCCUCAUGGGUUUGGAAACCUGAUGGUGGGGAAGCAGUAGCAACCAAAAACUGCUGCGGCUCUCCAGCCAUCAAAUUUCCAAGCCCCAUUUGUCCGGAUCAGCUCCAGCUGGGUCACCCCUAUGCAAAAGGAUUGGCUCUGCUACUGUGCAGCUGGAUCAAGCCAGGGCCCAAUGAAGCCAUGAGGGAAUGGGUCUUGCAGCAGUGCAGGAUCAGGCCCCAGCCAGGCCAACACCCUGUACCAGACUGGAUCCAGUCUGCAGAUGGACCUGGUAGAGUGCACCAGGCCCACAGCCAAAAAAGCCAGACACCAGUCUGCAAUCGUUCUUUUCGAUCAAGCAUGACCACUUUGGAGCCGGUCCAGAGCUCCCUGCCUCGCAGUCGCAAGCUGUGACCUAGUGACUCCCCUCCCCUUUAAAAACACAGUCAGACAAACCCAUGCUGGGGCUCGCUGGUGACCAGCUAAUCACUUACUGUGCACUCCCACAGCUCCCCUUGGACCAAAGUGGGGCGCUCUCAACCUUUCACAGAAGCCGGCCGGGCACUGACUGCCAUGGCUUCCCUGGACCAAGUGUGUUUCCCAGUAGCAGAAGCAAGAUAUUUCACCAGUGCUAGAAGGAUGAAUAUAUCAACCCUUUGCAGCAGUAAUAAUCCAUUUGCUAUUGAUGAUAAACUGAGGGUCACCCUUUCUGAGAGCCAUGAGCCAUCUGGGCACUUCCAGUCCUGCAGCAACUCACCUGUAGACUUGCAAACUACAAAGACCACCAGGCCUUUGCAAGAUACCUGCCUUUCCCAGCCCUGUUAUUCACAAUGCUAUGUAAAGUACCUCAAGAAGAUAGCUACAGACCUGAGAUUCUCCAAGGAAGUUGUGAAGCACAGAGGGCUGCCCACCCUCCCCUAUAAGGAAUGUGACUUCAAGUACCUCUAUGAUGCUUCUGGAAUCAUUCAAAAGCCACAAAACAAAGAAUCUAUUGCUAAGAAAGUAGGGCAGCCACUGAAACUCCACCCUCUAAAGCAACCACCUUGCCUUUUAAAAUCAGAUAUUCCACCUCCUACAGGGACCAGGGAAGAGUCUCUGUGGAGAACCAAAAGGCAGAGCUCACCUUCUCCACUUCUUCAUGAAACUCCUUUUUCAAAGACAUUCCUGACAGAAUCUCAUGAAAUGUCAUCAACAGCAGUGACCAGAAGAGGACAAGAAAAGAAGGUAUCUCCAGGGGAUGCCUCAGUAUCAAGGAUAAGGUGUCAGGGAUGGGAGGAAAUGCUUUUGAAGAAGCUGAACAGGACCACAGCUCAAUGGAUUGUGAAUCAACAGGCUACUUGGGGUGGGUGGAUUCAGGAUAAGCCUCAUAGUUUCACAAAACAAAAGUUUGACUGGAACAGAAUCAGGGAUGAACUUUCUUCUGAAAGUGAUUUGAAAUUAUUGGAUGAAAUUCAAGCUGGAGAAGAUGCCAUGGAAGUCAGUUCCCAGAGCCAAGCACAGCAGAAACCUGAGACGCUUCUCCCAGUCUACUAUAGGUUGCCUGCUUAUUGCACAAGAGUUCUGCCAGCAGAUGACCCUGUUGGUUACAACAGUACAGCUGAUGAAACAGAAAGGAAGUGUCUUAGACCAGCAUCCCCUAUGAAGAAGUGGGAACGUCCAACCUCCUGUCUGAGGAAAUACACGUACGCUGCCAAGAAUGCCUUCGAACAUGAGCUUUACUUUGGGACAGUCAAGAUUGUCCAUCAGAUGGACAAGAGAGGAAAGGAUUGCUUCAUCCUAGAGAAUCAUGAUGAGUAUUACAAACACCUCCAGCAGCACUUUCCAAGACCUCCAGUGCAUUGGAGUUUCCAGCCACAAAAAGCAGCUCAGAAGCCUGAGAAGGGAGCUUUCCGCUGGACUGCUCUGCCUACCCAAGCUGAUGAUUUUGUACAAAGGGGCCAGGAGCCACCUCAGGCAAAGACCAGUAAAGGGAGAAAAGAGCCCAAGGAGUCUAAGGCAGGCCUGCCUGAAGAUAUGCACAUCCUCAGAACUAUGUUGGAGCAGUGGAAAAAUGCUUGGAAGCUGACUCCCCAGUGGCAGAAUGCAACUAUAGAAGGCUUAACAAGGGCUCUCACGGAUAUACACGAUGUUGUUCGUGUCUCAGCUAUAAUAACUUGUGCAUCUGCAGUGGUGGAACGACCUAGAUCAGACACUAGCAAUCAGGAGUCAGUUGUAGAAAUAGAUGGCACUGGAAAGGUUCCAGAAAUCCAGGAUGUGCCUGAAGAACUGCAGCCUUUACUGAAAAAGACCCUGAGGCAUGAGAGUGCCCAUGUGAGAAUGGCAGCAGCCGUGUGUCAUUAUGCCACAGGGAUGAGGAAUGAGGAGGCUCGUGCAGUCAUGCAGGAUGCUCUGGUACAUGGCAAUUCUGCAGAUAGCUGGGCAGCAGCACAGUGCCUGGCACUGGAUGGCAUCAUCACAUUACCUGUAGUGACUAAAAUCCUUUCCCAGCUGUUUGACAAGAAUGAUGAAACCACUGAGAAGCAGGCGUGUCUUCUAUUAACCCAGCUCAGUGAACGCACAAGCUUGGUGUACUCCCUGCUGGCAGCAAAAUUGAACAGUUGCCAGUGGAAAGAUCGGAUUUUGGCCUGCAAGGCUCUCUCCCGCAUCCGUGGGUAUGUCAGCCAGGACCUAAAGAACAAGCUUGUUCAGCUGAUGUGGAAAGACUGGAAAUUAGAUGUGCGCCAGGCAGCUGCCCUGGCACUGGGGCACAUGAAGUUUGGAAAGGAAGUUCACGACCAACUCAGGGUGAAGCUGAAAAGGGGAGAUUGCCGGACAAAGGUCGAAGCUCUCUCUUUGAUUGGUUGGCUACGGUUCAUGACAGCUAAGCUACUCCCUGGCUUUCUCCAGUGCUUCUCCAAUGACUUUGUUGCAGUGCGGCGGGAAGCUUGCCUUACAGCUGGAGCCCUCAGGAUCAAAGAUGAGACUGUCCUUAAAUGCCUUUUGAAGACAAUGCAGACUGACCCUCACUGGAAAAUCAAGGCCUUUGCCAUCAGAGCAUUGGGCCAAAUAGGCCAUGUUAGCCCCCAGCUGAAACGUCUUCUUCUUUGGGCUGUUCACUAUGAGGAGAAGCCAGGAGUACGAAAGGAGGCCUGUCGUGCCAUUGUCACCCUCCACUUACAGGAUGAAAGUGUUCAGGCCACCUUAUUGGAGAGAGUGAUUCUGGAGCCAAAUGAGAUGGUCAGAGAGGAAAUUAAUCAAGCUAUGAAGGCUCUCAACUUUCAACAUAAGGAGGAUCAGAAAACAGUUGAGAAAAUCAAGAAUGAGAUUUCCAGCCUCAGCCAAAAGGCAUUGGUGACCCAGAAACUGCUGAAACUUGAAGAGAUUAUAGACCAUCUGUGGCAGAAAGCCGAUCGAAUCUAUCAUGCAGAGGAGCAUAGCUCUGACUACAAGGAUAUACUGGAAAACCUGAGGGCUGCUCUUGAAUCCACUUCCAUUGGAGAAAGCUAUUCUUCCACCACAAUGACUUCUAAGAUCUGGACCCCCAAUUCAGGUUUACCAGUAUGUGCAAGUACUAUGAGGAAACUCCAUCAAGUCCCUGGACAUGAAAAGCCAUCUUACUAUCACUUGAAUCUCACCACAAUGAAGAGGCAAUCCUGUAGCAGUAAGGAGUCAAUCCCAGCGGAAAGGGGACAACCCUCAUCGUCACUUUGUAGGUAGAAGAAACCAUCUGACUUCUUUGACCAAUAUCAAGUGACUAGAGAGUUCCCUUGAAUGACUCUCGCUGUCUUCUGCAGGACAGAAAGUACAGGAAUUCUGACCAGUCCCCAAAGUCAUGAAAACAUACUGCUAGACUUUGGCAGCUGUGAAUGACCUUUGACUGGAAGUGUGAAAUAUCACUUGAUAACUGGAUUGUUUUGUGAGUUGUUUCUCCAUAAAGUUGCCUUGCUCUCAGCAGACAUUUUAUAUGCAGAUCUUUUUUACUAAUAAUGUUAGUAUGUCUCUCUCACUGGAGAAGGAUAAUAAUGGGAUAUUGUUUAUUGGACAAACAAGUCUGAUAGUUUAUAUACAUUACAUACAAGCUUAGGGGCUUCAAAAUUUCUUUCCUCAAACCUGUUUAGGAUAGUUCAGUAUAAAGGAAUCACAUACCUUACUAAGAGCACUUCUUGAGAACAAAUGAAAAUGAAAAUUUUCCACAUACUAUUUAAUUAAAAUGGGUAGGUGAGAUUAAGGACCAACAGGUACACAUCUAAAGCACAAGAACGUAAUGUUAGGCCAGACGCAAGAUUCCUGGGAAGUGUAAAAUCUUAGUAUGCAGAUAGAACGACUGCAUUCUAUUUAGUGGUUGUUUUUGUUCAGAUAGGUUUCAGAAGGAGAUUCUAAAUGCAGUUGGCAUAAUACCUUCUGGAAGUACUAAAAGGAAGUACUAUGUCUUGGAAGUACAAAAAGGAAGUACUAAAAGAUAACGCAGUAACUACCCAUAUUGCGCCAUGCGCACUGAGCACAGUUAUUUUUAGCUCCUACAUCACUGUAGCGGCAUGCUACAUCAGGAACACACUGCUACAGCGACAUAGGGGCUGGUCACAUGUAGAUGCCCACGGACACUACGACACUACAUCGCCAUAGUGCUUUGCUACAGCAACAUGGCAUUAUGUGUAGACGUGCCCAUUGAAUCACAGUUAUUUGUCCUACCUGAGAUGUGGCAGCUGAGACUGGGGCAGAGGUGGGCAAAAUAUGGCCUGUGGGCUGGAUGUGGCCCACCAAGCCAUUCUAUCCAGCCUGCAGGGCCCCUAAAAAUUUAGAAAAUUAAUAUUUAUCUGCCCCUGGCUGCCUGUCAUGCAGCCCUCGGUGGCUUGCCAAAACUCAGUAAGUGGUCUUCUGCCUGAAAUAAUUGCCCACCCCUGGUCUAGGGCCAUUCAGGGACUGAGGCACUGAUCAGGGUCAGGAUGGGUGAGCAGAAUUUAAAAACAAACUGGGUCAGGAAGCAAGGUCAAUCUGAGAGUGGAGUCUAGGAAUGAGUUGGGUCAAAGAGCUGGGAAGUCAAGCAGAGUGGAGUCUAGAAACAAGCCAGGGUUUCCAGCAGCAUUGCCAUCAGUAGCUGGAACCAAAGUGUACUUCCUGGGCUUUCUAGCUGACCAGCAGGUGAUGGAGAGAUGAGCCAGAGGAACCCUAGAAUAAAGGUAUAAUGCUGGAAAUGGAUUUCUCUGAUGCAUAGAGUCUCGAGGUGACCAUGGAUGUUCACCUCCAGAGUGGUGAUCCCCCACUCCCAUGGAGCUGGACACUAGAGGUGAGUCAUCUGUAGUCUCAAUGGUCUCUGGCUUGAACCGCUGUUGUAAUGGGAUUUAUAGGGCCUGUGCUACAGACUCUUUGAUGACAUUGCACACUACCCCAGAGUCCAGUAAGACAGUCAACAGGAGGAUUUGACCUGGGACUUGGAGGUGGAUGAAUAGCUGUAACUGAGGGUUCUGUGGGUCAGGUUUGUUGCAGGAUUCUAUUACUGAGUGAGGGGAGUUUGUGGAGACUGCAGCUGCCCCACCUUAUCGCAUCUGGGGUGGCUUAUUUGCAUGGUCCCCUCUAUUGAGGCAAAGGACACCCUUUGGAAAUGCAGGUUGUGUUGGCACUUCCUUUCAUCUGGGGUAAGGCAACACUACCCCUUCCCCAAGUUAAUUUGCAUGAGUUUGGAAAUAACCACUACGGGGCAAGGACCUGGAAGGGGUAGGGAAUGCCUUCUUCCUCCCUCCAUUCCUGGAGGGAAUGGUGAAGAUGUACUGCCAGGUCCAUGAAGGCACUGAACCCCAAAGGCAUCUCUACUCAUGCCAGUUCAUUUUUUACCUCAUCCUGCAGAGCCCACCAGAAGUGAUAAAGCUAGGACACCUCAUUUCAGUGGUGUUUGCUAUGUAGCGAUGGAAAAGAGAUGCAUAGGUGGUGGUAGUCCCCUGCCUCAGUGAAGGUUCCCUAAUGCUGUCCAUGCUCAGUGAGAGUCAAACAUCAUGGAGAUUUCUUGAAGGAAUGCUUCCCAGUCAUAGAGAACAGGGCUGUCAUGCUCUACCAUAGACUUAUGAUAAGGCUCAUUUUUGCCUGAUCCUUGGAGUAGGUUGAGCAAAGAACAAAAGGUGGCGUUGGAUAAGAAACCCCUUGAAGCAGCACCAGUCCCCACAUAGCAGGAGAGGGGGGCAGGACAGGACCUGCAGGACAGGCCUGAAGUACAGUUAUUUAUUCCCACAGCUGCUGUGCCUCUUCCAGCACUGGCUAUUCUCCUGGUGGUACACAAUCUAGGACUGGAGGGAUUGGUGAUUGGCCAACAGUUGCUGUGUCCAGGCUUUUAGGACUUUUCAGAGACAAACCAGUUCAGAUGAUCCUACCUAGCCUGCAGGUCUUCCCAAGGCUGCAGCAUUCAAAGCAGUGAGUCUGAGGGCACCAGCACAGGAUUAUGUUCCAUGCUGAGCCUUCUUCAUUGGGGUAGUUCAGGCAAACUGUCACAUUGGGGCAUGGAUGAUCAUGUCUGGAGCCUCUCCACAGAUCAAGGUGCUAACCAGGGUCAGGAUAGGUGAACAGAAUCUGAGAACAAUCCAAGAGCAGGGUCUAGGAGCCAACUGAGUAAAAAAGCCAGGAAAUCAAGCAGAGAUUAGAGUUGAGGAGCAAGCCACAGGGACCAGCAAUGCAGUGUUGGAUCAGGCUAAGUCCCAUUGCCAGUACCGUAUCCAGGAAGUUUGGCAUCUGGGGCAAGCCUGCAGCAGCAGCCUGCUCUUGCCCCACACACAGAUCCGGGGGGCACAUGUCCGUGUCCCCCCCCCCCCCCUUGCCUGGGAGUGCACGCAGCAGCAGAAGCCGCCCUUCCCUCAUCCCGGCGCCCCCCCCAAAAGAGCUGCUCGCAUCUCCGUCGCACACCCUGCCCUGGCUGGCCAAUGCCUGUUGGUGUCGCUUCCCUUUGACGCCCAGGGCGUUCACCUCGCUCACCCCCCACCUCCCUUUUCUAUGGUACUGCCUGUUGCCCAAACACUUUAUGGCCCUACUCAAGGGUUUAUAUGGGGGAAGUCGAGUCAACUGACCUUGGCUGUCCACUUUGAUGACAGGGAGUGGGCAAAGGGUUAGGUCCUGUGGCUUUAGGCCAACUUGGAUCAGUCUGGGUGAUCAGCUCUAGGGUGGCAGACUUGGUUGAAUGGGUGUGUUGGUUGGGUUGAGGCCAUGGCCUUAUGUUACUGUGGCAAUAUCCAUGCUCUAUCUGGGAACUGUCUUCCUAUUAAUGUGCUAUAAUGAGUUCUAUAACGAUUUUAUAAAAUAUCAUCAGUUGUUAUUUUGAGCUGAGCUGGGUUGCUUUGUAUUCAGACAGUCAAAUAUAGACAGACUUAUUUUCUAACGUUUUAUUACCCAAGGAAGAUAAUGCAGGCUAGGUUGGAUCCAAGUUUACUUUCAUACUUCUACUUAAAAUAGAAAACGGAGAUGCCAGGUAACAAGCUGUAUCUUCUUAAAGAAUUCCAAAAGCUAAAGGCUGUAGGUAUAUUUAAAGCCAAAUCUACCCAAAUGUCCUCAUUCUCACUCAUCCAUAUCUGUUCUCUUCCCAUCUCUCUCCCACAGAGAGCUUCCUGGAAUCAUAAUGUAAAUGGCUUUGUAUUUAUUUUUUAUGCAAGUUAUAGGAAUUUUACCCAUUACGUACGAUUGCCAUCUUUGACAAAAGGCACUUACCUACCUUCCAAUUCCAUUUCAGCCAGGAAGACACUGUUCAGGUGGAAAAUGUGAAGAAGUUUAAUGGGUUUUAAUGUAUUGUUGUAGUGAAUUAUUAAAACAUCUAUGGUCAAUAACAAGGUUCAAUAUGCCAGAGGAGAGUUUGCAUAUUUUUUAUUAUGAGAACAGACUUUUAUGAAGGUAAAGGAUCCAGUGGACAAGUGCACUUGUUAUUCUUGAGGAUCAAGCCUUCUGUUAUGUUUGCGUUGUCUCUGGCCUUGUUAAUUUUCUGGUUAUUUCAGACCCUACCACUAGGUGUCAGGCAUAGAACAAUGUUUCACCCAUGCAUACAUUUUACUGCUUCUGUAUGUGCAAACAUUAUGGGAAUAAUGAAUGGAAAGGUCAAUAUAUGCAUAUGAGCUUGUGUAUGUAUAUACAUAUAUUUAUUUUUUUGAGCAUGGAAGUCUAAGUAUCAUAAAGAUGA